UGGGACUUUGUUGACUCAGUUGAUCCCUUUGCAGAUUCUCAGAGCUUUGCUCACUAUCCAUUCCUUUUCAAACCACGAUGUCUGCCCCAGCCCACGACAAGAAGCCAGAGCAUGUCUCUAUUUCACCCCUCCUCAAGAGACUCGCCUACCCCGCUACGGAAGUUCAGGUUGAAGCUUCCGAGAUCGCUUCAGCAUUCGCUUUGAUCUUCGAGGACGCCAUUUCCCAUAUUCAGACGGCAGCUCUCCUAACACUUUUACACUCCACUGGACUGGACCGGGAUGCAGAGGUCAUUGCCAAAUGCUCCUACCGCAUGCGCGAGGCCGCUCGCCAGGUAAACAAAGCUACUUUGAAGGCCGCCAUCAAGUCUCGAGGAAAGAAGGAGGGCAACUACAGGGGUGGCCUGUGCGAUAUUGUUGGAACCGGAGGAGAUUCGCAUUCCACCUUCAACAUUUCCACCACCUCCUCGAUCAUCGCUUCCCCCCUUCUCAUGACGGCUAAACAUGGCAACCGAGCACAAACCUCAUUUUCCGGGUCUGCCGAUGUCCUGAACGCCAUAUCCCCAGUUCCUCCGAAGAUCGGUGCAAUCACUGCCGAGAACCUCAGCCAGGUCUAUGCUGAGACCAAUUACGCCUUUCUGUUUGCGCCCAACUUCCACUUCGGCAUGAUGUACGCCGACCCUGUGCGCCGUGGGCUCGGACUUCGGACAAUUUUCAACCUGAUGGGACCCCUCGCCAACCCUGUCGAUUGGGCCAUUGAGGCACGAGUUGUUGGUGUGGCUUACCAAAGCCUAGGUCCCGUGUUUGUGGAGGCUUUGCGUCAGAAUGGGUGCAAGAAGGCGAUGGUUGUUUGCGGUGAAGAGGAUCUGGAUGAGAUCAGCUGCGCAGGAAAAACAAACUGCUGGCAAUUGUCGGAAUACCCUAACCCCGCCUAUGACGCCUCCAAGACGGGUGGUGACUCCAGCGAUGACGAGGAGGUCCCCCGUACUCUGGUCAAGAUAGAAACUUUCCAACUGCAGCCGUCCGAUUUCGGACUACCAAGCCACCCUCUCUCUGCUGUAUACGGAAGGAAGAUGCCCAAGGACAACGCAGCUAAGCUCAUGAGCAUUCUGCGGAACGAGCUGCCUCGCGAUGACCCCAUCCUAAGCUUCGUGCUCAUGAAUGUGGCCGCUCUCCUAACGGUUUCCGGCAUCUGCGAGGCGGAAUCCAGCAACAUGGGUCCUGGCGAUGACGGCAAGGUCAUCACGGAGCGUGGCCCGGGUGGUGGACGCUGGAAGGAGGGCAUUCGGCGCGCCCGGUGGGCCGUCGAGAGCGGUGCCGCGCUUCAGUCCUUCGAGCACUUCAUCGAAGUUACAAACAGACUCUAGUCGAUUGGCUUGUUGACAUGAAUUUGCCAAGCUUUUUACACUAUGAUGCUUCCUCUUAUGUUGGAUACCAACCGCUUAAAUAGGUCAAAACUCAUGGUUUGCGGUCUAAUAUAUUUCGGGUAUCUCGGAUAACAUAUCGUGUGGAUAGUAUGUCCAGCCAACCGAGCACUGUGUAUGGAUAUGAUGAAGUCGUGGUAUAAUCCAACAGCAAUAGUGAGACCAUCAUCUGCAACACGGAAGUCGCCCCGAAGCAGUCCAAUAAACGAGCAUCUCAUCCCCAGUCGGUAAUAAACCCGAUC